AAUUCACGCCACUUAUCGUUCCCGUGAGCCCCACCGCCGCUCGACUUUGUCUUUCAAUUCCCGUUCACAACCACUGUAUCAUCAUCUCCGUCCUCACACCACAAUCCAAAAAAUGAUGGGCUCAGAAAACAACGACGACGACGAGGCCCAUCUCCACGCGUCCAAACAAGACAUGGACAAUCUCUUCUCUCCACCGCCGAUCAUCGUAACUCCAACCGAUUCCGAUCCACUCUCUUCCCCUCGAUCGAAACCAAACGGCAACGACAACAGGUCUUACCUCGAACCUCCUUCCUACGCAGACGUUAUCUUCAGUCCUUUCGAUGAUAACAGCUCCGAGAUCAACGGCUCAGAUGAUACUCAAUCCCAAGACUCGUUCUCUAGAUCUCUCUCAACCUCCUCCGAUUACAUCAAAAUCACCGUCUCCAGCCCUCAGAGAGAGCAAGACUCCGCAACGACGACAUCAAUGCUCUCCGGAGGAAGCAGUUACAUCACUUACCUAAUCACCACCAGAACCAACCUCCCUGACUACGGCGGAUCCGAGUUCAGCGUGAGAAGAAGGUUCAGAGACGUUGUUACCUUAGCCGAUAGGCUAGCAGAGUCUUACAGAGGCUUCUGCAUCCCUCCGAGGCCUGACAAGAGCAUUGUGGAGAGCCAAGUGAUGCAGAAGCAAGAGUUCGUUGAGCAGAGACGUGUUGCCUUGGAGAAGUACUUGCGGAGGCUCGUUGCGCAUCCUGUGAUUAGGAGUAGUGAGGAACUUAAGGUGUUUCUUCAGGUGGAAGGGAAGUUACCAUUGCUGGCGAGUGUUGACGUGGCGUCUAGGAUGUUGGAUGGGGCUGUGAAGUUGCCGAGACAGUUGUUUGGUGAAGGAGGAGGAGGAGGUGAGGUGGCUCAGCCGGCUAGAGGCGGUAGAGAUUUCCUGAGGUUGUUUAAAGAGCUUAGACAGUCUGUUUCUAAUGAAUGGGGUGGGGGUAAGCCAGCUGUUGUGGAGGAAGAUAAAGAGUUUUUGGAGAAAAAGGAGAAGAUGCGUGAUCUUGAGCAGCAGAUUAUUAAUGCUUCACAGCAGGCUGAAACAGUUGUGAAGGCACAGCAAGAUAUGGGGGAGACUAUGGGGGAAUUAGGAUUAGCAUUCAUUAAGCUGACGAAAUUUGAGAACGAAGAAGCUGUGUUCAAUUCUCAACGAGCUCGUGCUAAUGAUAUGAAGAAUUUAGCUACUGCGGCUGUGAAAGCAAGCAGGUUUUAUAGAGAGUUAAAUUCACAGACGGUCAAGCAUUUGGACACACUGCAUGAUUACCUUGGCCUAAUGAUGGCGGUACAGGGCGCGUUUGCAGAUAGGUCUAAUGCUUUACUGACAGUGCAGACGCUUUUAUCUGAGAUUUCUUCACUGGAAGGAAGAGUGGAGAAGCUAGAAGCUGCGUCGUCAAAGGUAUUUGGGGGUGAUAAAUCAAGGAUUAAGAAGAUAGAAGAGAUAAAAGAAACAAUCAGGAGCACUGAGAACGCCAAGAAUGUAGCCAUCAGAGAGUACGAGCAGAUCAAGGAAAAUAACUGGAGCGAGGUUGAAAGGCUAGACAGAGAAAGGCGUGCAGACUUCUUGAGUAUGAUGAAGGGUUUUGUUGUUAACCAGGUUGGAUAUGCAGAGAAGAUCGCCAGUGUGUGGACAAAGGCUGCAGAGGAGACCAGUCAAUACGAUAGAGAGAGCUCUUAACAAGGGAUCAGCCUUUUUAUUCUUCAUUCAUGAUUUUGAGCUUAAGACCAAUUUUACGUUACUUUCUUAGAGUCACACUUCUAGUUUGUUGUACAUGUUUAUCUGAAUUGGGUGUUAAAAAAAAAGUGUUGCUACAAACAAACAACCUUAUAAGAAAACAUAGAAACUAUAUUGUUCUGCUUAUUGAUCUGUCUCUUUUCUUUGCUGCUAUGUGAAUGUUUUAUAUUCAUUCUUGAGCACAUAACUGGAAGUAGAAUACUGCUUUAAAGCGAUUUUAAAGAGUAAAUUAUUAAAAUUCCACACAAACAUAACAAAACGCUCUACUGGAGUUUUAAAAUGGUUUUUUUGCAAGAAAGAAACAUGAAAGGACAGAAGCUCAAAACUGAGGUAACAAGCGAGAGUCUAUGAUACUAAGAGUAAAACCAAAUGAUUCAACUUUAAGCAGCUUGUUGGCCAGAAAGCCUCUUCCUAGCUUCCUCAAUGAUGGUAAGCUUAAUACCUUUGCCCUUUGGAAGAGACACCCAUGGCUUAGUACCUUUCCCGAGGGUGAACACGUUGCCCAACCUAGUGGCAAACUCGUGUCCUGUCGAGUCUUGGAUAUGGAUCG